UUAUUCACCAGACACCUCUAGCAUUUAGUGGCGUCGUUCAAAGAUUAAGCAGCGCUCACUUUGGGCAGGAGUUUGCGCCCGAGCGGAAAUGUAGUCAGAGAGGCAGCUCGGGAGGCGGAAGUGAGGUUAGAGCAGCAGUCUGCUCCGUCCAUGUUAUUAUUGUUAUUUUGGCUGUGUGAUGGUUCACGGACGGCGGUCAGCCCGGGAUUUCUCCGGUUACCAGCGCAGACACGAAAGGCUAACAGGCCACACGUUACAGCUGGAGGUCUGUUUCACGACAGUGUGACGGCCAGCGUUGACAAAACGCGCAAACGUCGCUGUGCGCAGCGCUCGCAGAGAGGACUGUCUUUAUUAUUGACACCGCAACAGACAUGAACGGCAUCACCAAGGGCAGAUUUGAGGUGUUCUCAAACAGUGAUGAGGCCCCCAUCAACAAAAAACUUCCCAAAGAGCUUCUGCUCAGGAUUUUCUCCUACCUGGAUGUUGUUACGUUGUGCAGGUGUGCUCAAGUAUCCAAGGCCUGGAAUGUUCUCGCAUUAGAUGGAAGCAACUGGCAGAAGAUCGAUCUCUUCAACUUUCAGACAGACAUCGAGGGUCGUGUUGUGGAGAACAUCUCAAAGCGAUGUGGGGGUUUCUUGAGGCAGCUCAGUCUCCGGGGCUGCCUCAGUGUCGGAGAUGCCUCCAUGAAGACCUUCGCUCAGAACUGUCGUAACAUUGAACAUCUGAACCUCAACGGCUGCACCAAGAUCACAGACUCCACCUGCAUCAGCCUUAGCAAGUUCUGCUUCAAACUGCGCCACCUUGACCUGACCUCCUGCGUCUCCAUCACCAAUCAUGCACUCAAGGCCUUAAGUGAGGGCUGUCGGAUGUUGGAGAACCUUAAUCUGUCCUGGUGUGAUCAGAUCACGAGUGAUGGCAUUGAGGCUCUCAGCCGCGGCUGCACAGCUCUCAGAGCUCUGUUUCUGAGAGGAUGCACACAGCUUGAUGAUACUGCACUGAAGCACCUUCAAAAGCACUGUCCUGAACUCAUGACAAUCAACAUGCAAUCAUGCACGCAAAUCACAGACGACGGCUUUGUGAGUUUGUGUCGGGGUUGCCACAAGCUGCAGAUGGUUUGCGUUUCUGGCUGCAGCAACAUCACAGACGCUUCUCUGACUGCCCUCGGCCUCAACUGCCAGCGGCUCAAGAUUCUGGAGGCUGCUCGCUGCUCACAUGUGACUGAUGCUGGUUUUACUGUUCUUGCCAGAAAUUGUCAUGAGAUGGAGAAGAUGGAUUUAGAGGAAUGUAUUUUGGUGACUGAUAACACUCUGGUUCAGCUCUCCAUCCACUGCCCCCGGCUGCAGGCGCUGAGCUUGUCUCACUGCGAGCUGAUCACAGAUGAUGGGAUCCGCCACCUGAGCAGCAGUGUGUGCGGUCAUGAGCGUCUGCAGGUGGUGGAGCUGGACAACUGCCCGCUCAUCACAGACAUCACUCUGGAGCACCUCAAGAACUGCCAGCGGCUGGAGCGCAUCGAGCUCUACGACUGCCAGCAGGUGUCCCGCGCCGGCAUCAAACGAAUCCGGGCUCACCUCCCCGAGAUUAAAGUCCACGCUUACUUUGCCCCGGUUACGCCUCCUCCAUCAGUGCACGGCGGAGGCCAGCGUCUGUGCCGCUGCUGCGUCAUCCUCUGACAGAAGGAGGAGCCUCCGAGUUACAUCACAGAGAGUCGAGCUGUCAGUCAACCUCUAAACUCCGCCUUUCCCCUGCUCCACGCCACUGAGGGGCGUUGUGAGGGGCGUGGCUGGUUUACGGAGCGCUUCCCUGGCAGCCGGAUGGACCUAAACAAGUUGCGCAAAAAAUAAAAAUACAAUGCGACAACAAAAAAAAACGGAUACACACGAAGACAUCAAGGAGCUACCAUGUAAAAUAUGUCAUGUUGGGAUCUAUAGAAAACAAAUGCACUUCUAAAGCGUUAUGGAACUACUGAAAUAUGAAACGAACGACUUUGACAUGCCGUUUUUGAUUAUGAUGAUGACGACGACUACUACACAGUGUUUACAUCCUGCUCCUCUUCAGCCAAUAGGAAUGCAUUGUUGUGACAUGAACAAAUAGAGAAGCGGAAAGAAAGCGAGCGAGCAGCAGGAUGCGAGAAUCUGGAUUUAUGUAGGAUUGAUCAUGUGACUCUAUUGAAGCGUUUCUGUCUGGUUUUGCGUGUGCGUGCGUGCGUGUGUGUGAGAGAGAAUGUUUAAAUAUAGAAAACAGAAUAUAACACUACAAACAAAUCAACCCAUAUUAAAACUGGAGUAAAUGUUUUUGUUUUGUUUUUGUUUUUUGUUAGUGCUCACCCUAAUUUUGAGAGGACGCUGUUGAAAUGAGAAAGCGAGGGGACGAGAAGGACUGUGAAUGUGCAUGCCAGAGAAGCUGGAGUUACAGUAUGUGACCAUUAAUGUGACAAUUAAGACUAUAUAUAUAUACACACGUGUACUGAGGGAGCGUCAAGGAUAGAUCAACAUUUGAGUUUCAGUGCAAUAUUGAAAGCCCGAGUAUAUGUGACAGGAUUCAGAACACUCCCUAUUCAGGCAUUUCACUUAAAAUAUUCUCCUUACUGUUCCCCAUUGCUGUGUUUUCUCUGCCUUUUACCUGUCCUUAAAGGGGAUAGUCACCCAAAAAUGAAAGAUGUACAGUAUUUAUUUUCCCUCAAGUGGUUUUAACCUUAUUCUGGGGAACAAAAAAGGAGAUGCUUUGAAGAAUGUUGAAAACUGGUAACCAUUGACUUCCUUUUUACGCUUUAAAAAAUCUGUUAAUUAACAGUUUCUGUAUUUUGUGUUUUCUAUUUAUUUACAGUUGUGAAUUGCAUUAUGGGAUGUUGAUCUCUGUUGCCUUUUGAUGUUGAAAAUUCAACUCUACUGUUUAACAAAGUGACUAUCUGUAAGUGUUUAUCUGUAAAAUAACAGAAAAUGUACAGGCAGUUUAUUACAAGGCUUUUGCAGCACAAUAUACAAAACCAACCCAGACAAUAUAUCACUUUAAACUAUUAAAAAUGCUCAUAAAAGUCUCUUUUUUAAACAUUUUUAAGGUUAAAAGUUGCCAGAAGAAAGGUCAAGGUCCCAUAAUGCGAUUCAAAAGUAUAAAUAAUAAAAAAAUAACUAAAAACAUGAAUUACAAAAUGCGGAAAACUGUUAAUUUAUGGAUAUUUUUUUACAAUGUACAUGUUCAAAGGAAGUCAAUGGUUACCUAUUUUCAACAUUUUUCAAAUUAUCUUCUUUUUUUGGUUCACCAGAGUAGAGGAAAACAAAGGAACACAAAAGAAGAUAUUUUGAAAAAAGUGCAAACUGGUAGCCAUUGACUUCCUUUGUAGGAAAAAUGAAUACUAUGGAAGUCAAUGGUUACCAGUUUUCAGAUUUGUUUUUAUUUAAAAAAAAAAAAAAUAAAUUUAAAUAAAUAUCUUUUUUGUGUUCAACAGAUGAAGAAAAAACAAACGGGUUUGGAUCAAGAGUUAAUAAUGACAGGAUUUUCAGCAUUGGGUAAACUAUCCCCUUAAUUUAAAGGGACAGUGCAUCCAAAAAAUUUUAAAGGUCAUUAUUUCCUUACCAUCGACUUUAAAAAAAACAGUCUUCUAAAAUGUGUUUUUGUCAACCCUGAUGUUUUCACACAACGUCAUGCAGAUUUAAAGCAACAUGAGGAUGAAUAAAUCAUGACAGAAUUA